GCGGCCAUCUUGCGUUCGGGCAGCGGCUACAGCUGGCAGCCAUUUUGGAUAGGGGUGAAGAAGCUCAUCUGCGGCAGCCAUCUUACUUGGGGGCAGGAGCCGUUAGAAGCGUUGAGGGCAGACGCGGCGUGCUAGGAGGCGCCCACCUCUCCCACAAGUGGGCAUGUGUGGCAGGAGUUUGCAGUUCCUCAUUCCUGCUGAGUUCUAAAUUCUGUCACCAUAGGACGACACUUCUUUGCUAAGGAAUAACUGUUUUCCACCUUGCUGUUUGCAAUUCCUUUGCUGUUUCUAUCUCCUACUCCUUGGAUAAUGAUAUGAUAAAUAGAGAAAAUAUCAUUGAGGACCUGCUUACACUGACUUGUCAUGGCAUCCAACAAAUUUGUCAUUAAGUGUGGGAACUUUGCUGUUUUGGUGGAUGUUCAUAUUUUGCCUCAGGGCUCCAGUAAAGACACCAGCUGGUUUUCAGAUCAUGAGAAAGAGGAGCUCUGCAUGCUGCUAGAGGAAGUUGUUGCUUCAAGGAUCAAACACUACUUGGAAACACCUAAACAACGUGGUCAACGGAAAUCAAUGGAACAUGCAUCAUCUGGUCCUCUGUUUCUUACUGCCAACACUUUUCACAUUACUGCCUACUUUAUGAAGAGAUGGGUUAAUCUCCGUUGUGCUUUAGGGAAACAUUAUCGUGAGCUACGUGUGUUUCCAGACAGAUUUAUAGUUUGUGUCAGUAAAAUGGAAUCUAAUCCAAGUGCCUGGACGUGUGAAAAUGGUGUAUUGGAAGAAGAACUUUCCAGUGGGACGUCUGAAUAUUUUACUGAAUCUGCUGAGAACAAGAAGCUUAAGAUUAGUCUGAAUGACCAAAUAAAACAAGACAUCUUGAAAGAAAUUGUGAAAAGGACAAAACUGAGGAAAACUAGCACAAGCAAACCUCAAAUCAGCACGGACUACAAGAAGGUGUGUCUUGGCUCAGUGGACUCCCAGAUGGGGAACAGAAAGAAUGACUGUCAAACUGCUCUCAGUGUCCCAUCUGAAGUGAAAUGUAGGACUACAGGACUGCUGAAGGACUGCAUAAAUACAGAUGAAAUCAACUCAGAGCUUCGUGCUUUAGAGCUGGGAAAUUAUGUUAAUCAGAGACAGCCAGCUGAUACUAGCAGCCAGCAAAAACAUCACUCUCUGGAGUGGCUGAGAUCAAGUCUCCUAAGUGAGAACCCUCCUUGUAGCUCUGAGUCAGCACUGUUGGAUCCAAAACCAAGUCAAAAAGCAACCAAAACACAGGCUCUACAGAGCUGUGCUUCAGAAAAAAAUUUAGAGCAUUUCCAACAAGUAUCUUCUGAAGAGACUCCUUUGAGCCCCAGCAAGACAGAAAUGAGUAAAAGCAAUGAUGGUGGUUUAAGUCCAAUCCUGGAGGAGAAGACCUCACUUAAUUCUAGAUUAUUCUCUAAACAAGAUGUGACAAAGACUGUGUCUAAUGAGGAGCCAUCAAGUUUGAGUAAAACCCUUUCCCACCCUCUGUCUGUGAGGAAUGGUGUAGUGCAGAGAAGCCGAAGUGAUCCAGGCACGGCAGUUGUGGAAUUGCCUGUGAUGCCAUCAUCUUGUUUAGAACUGCAGCCCAAAUCUUCAGAGAAGCUUGUCCAAAAAAGAAAAAAGGAAGUUCAAAAUUGCCUGAGGAAGUUAAAACUUCGAAGGCUUAAGAAGUUAUGAAGUCAGGAAAUCUUGGUGGCAUAGGUAGGCAGCCAGGUUUGUGUUUGGAGUGUAGGAAGCAGUUCAAAAUAGCGAAAAAUAAUAAAAGUAUCAAGUCAAAGUUAGAUAACUUUUAAGGAAAACUAGUUAACUAUUUCAGUAAUGUGGAAUUGCAAUGAAGAUAAUUCUGUUAAGACUUUAGGAACCAGACAUUAAUAUUGUACAGACCAAUAUGGUGUUUUUAUAGACAGGAAAAUACCUUGUAAAGUGAUAUUUACUAAGCAAAAUUUUAGUCUGUGUAUGUUUUAGUGCUAUUUAAAAAUCAUAUCAGCUGAUGACAGCAGAAGUUAAAACCACUUUAGUGAUCUUUUAGCAGCUGCAGUUAUUCAGUGUUUUGCUUGUUUCUGAACACUUAGUUUAUUGUAGUAAAACUUAAUCCCUUCUGUCUUAGGAAGUUUGUGCUUUAUUCACAUCAUCUUCACAAUAGCAAAGCAGAUACUCAUUCAAAUAAACCCUUAACCAGAGUUUAAUGUUGCUGAUAACUUAAAGGCCACAUUUUCGGUGGUGUUUCAAAAUAGGUCUGGUUUCUGCUUGUGAAGUUGCUAUUGAAUAUUUAUUUCUAUUCCAAGUUGUGGGUACAGGCAAUCAUACAUUCAGGCUCUGGAAGAAUGUAGAGUGGGCUUAUAUGUACAGUUACCUGGGUGUGCAGACGUUGCUGCUGAGAAGAGCUCACACGUAAAUGUGCAUCCACACUGUCGUACAUUCAUUUUUUAACACCAGGCCUAGCCUGUGCACGAGGACAGAAGCCUUUUGUCAUGUGUCAGUGAUAUCCAACCUAUUUGUUACUUUGAGAUACAGGUAACUUUUAAUCGUGCAGUGCUUUUUCUUGCUGCUUCUGUAACUUAUGUGCUGAGCAGCUAAGGAAAUGUAGCUUUUGAUUUUGUGCAUCUUUUUAAAAUGUUGAAAAUAAAAUUAUAACAAGC